GUUCGAAGAUUGCGUCUCGCGUCUACACCGCCAAUGAGUCUCCGCCUGAAAUGUUCAUUGGCUUCCAUCAUGAGAUGGCCUAUAGAAAAGAAUUUGCUUCUAAGGUCUUAUUCUUCUGUUUGGAGCCACCACCAGAAGGUGGUGAGACCUCCAUAGUUCUUAGCCAUGUAAUUGUCAAGAAAAUGGAGGAAGCCAUGCCUGAAUUUGUUGCAAAAUUGAUGAAAUUUGGAGUUGUUAUUCAACAAAUAACCCCCAAGGAGAGCACUUCUGAGAAAGCCCCCAGGAAGACAUGGCAACAACUACUACAGACUAAGGACAAGGCUGAAGCAAUAAAACUAGCUCAGCUGAAGACUGGUUGCAACUCACUAAAUUUCUUAGAGGAUGGAGCUGCUGAAUUCAUUUUUGGGCCCUUGAAUCCAAUAAGAAAAAUUAAAGGGAGGAGGGUUUGGUUCAACACAAUUGUAGGGUACAGUGGCACACUUGAUGACAUGAGUGUGAGCUUUGGAGAUGGGAGUCCUUGCCCUCCUGAUGCCCUCACAACCUACCAAAAAAUCCUUGAUGACAACCAUGUCAAUAGCAGUUGGCAAAAGGGUGACAUCCUACUUGUGGACAACCUUUGUGUUCAACAUGCUGGGAGGCCUCCUCGAGUCAUUUUAGUUUCAUUAUGCAAGUGAAUUACUCCGUGUUCAACAUGCUAGGAGGCCUCCUCGAGUCAUUUUAGCUUCGUUAUGCUAGUGAAUUAUCCUCUCUCUCUCUCUCUCUCUCUUCUAAACAUUGCAAAUGGCUUUAGGCUCUCUCUCUCUUGGUUUCAAGCAAUGGUUCACAGCCUUGAAUGAAAUAUAGGAGAAAAUCACAUAUAAAAAAUAAAAAAAAGUA